UUUUGCGACGUGUGAAAUAUUUUAUACCACGGGUCUGUUUUUAAUGGAAUUGGUUGUUGUUUCACAGGUGUUUUGUCUGUAAAAAGCACACCUAAAUUGUCAAAUGGAGACAGAGCGCAACGCGUCAUAACCUGAAAACCACGCCCACCAAGGGGUAACACUACAUCCAUCUCCAUUGACUUUGUAUUGGGAGAGGCCACCUCGUCAUUAACAAAAGCAGAAUAAUGCCUAAAAGCUGCUGUGUGACGGGGUGUACAGCUAACAAGCCAAAAAACUCAGAAAUGUGUCUAUAAGCUGUCGGCCCCCCACCCCAAAUAAAGAGCGUUUCAAAUUAGCAUAACUGCGCUCUGUCUCUAUCAGUGAGAAAUGAUUGACGACAGGCUGUUGAAAUAUUCAAAAAUAAUGCACACUCAAUGUGGUGUGUAGUGGAGUUGCACUGCGGUGUGCAAUAUUUUCAAAUAAUUCAACGGCCCGUUGACAAUUAUUCCUCUUAUACCACAGUUACCUCAGACAUUAGCCUGGUGGUUAUUUUAAAGGGGUCAUAUCGUGAAAAUGUUAGCAUUGCCACUUUGUAGGUUUGAGCAAAAUGUGUCGUUUUGGGUGUGUCUUUUAAAAUGCAAAUGAGCUGAUGAAGUGCAAACACUAAUCACAAUAAUGGUGGUUUGAUGCAAUUCAAACUCAAUUGUGCUGUGAAUUAUUUUUUUUCUCUCUUUCUCUCUGCACUAAAUAGCAGUGCUGUGGUUGGAUAGUGUACAUUAAGGGGGCGGUAUUAUUCUAAUAAGAUAUCCUUAUGACAUCAUAAAGCCAAAUUUCAAUGACCUAUUUUGCUCACACCUACAAAGUGGCAAUGCUAACAUUUUCACGAUAUGACCCCUUUAAGACAUUUGAGAAGUCAGGUGUGCGUUUAUCAAAAAAAUAACACCCCGUGAAACAUUUCUCAACCAAUCAAAAUAAAGCAUUCAACAGGACGAUGGUAUAACUUGAAAUAACCACCAGAGAAAUGUCUGAGGUAACCAUGGUAUAAGAGGAGUUAUUGAUGACAGCCCGUUGAAUUAUAUGAAAAUAAGCAGUGUAACUCCACAUUACCAUUUUUACCUAAUUCAAAGGCCUGGAAUCAAUUAUUGCUUGCGUAUGCAACCAAAAGCACAUUUCAUGUGAACAAAAUCUUGAGCGUUAUGUUUUAGUGACUGUGAGUGAAUGAUGCUGGAGGUGACACAAUGAACUGUGCUGUUUAGAUGGAUGCACUUUUGUGCUUGUUAAAGAAAACCAGUGAGUGCACGAAGCCUUCGAGUUAAUGUGUGUGUGUGUUUUACCAGUAGAUGCUAAUGCUCGGUCAUUCAGAUGUUUGCUUUUUGUAUUAGCUACUUGUUUUUUAUUGUUUAACUGGUAUUGUUGAUCACACACACAAGCACACCUCACUCGCUCACUCGCACAAAGUUUCUGACGUCAGAGGUUUGAGGAUCGGAGGUUUUGGGUGCGUGUUGCUUAGCAAUGCUCUUCAGGCUGAAAGAUUGAUCUAUCACAUACCAUCCAAGUGUGUGUGAGAUGUAUGUCCAGGGGUCAGAGGUCAAGCUGGCAUUCUGUGGUGGUUUCUCUGUGUUGUGCCAUCACAUAGGAAGUUGGCAGAGGCUUCAGCAGAGCUCCGAUCUUUGCGUCAGAGAGAGAUGCAUCAUUGAGACGGUCUUCUUCGAUUUAUUUCUCCAUCCGUUAUUCUGUUCAUCUGCCGUUGAACUCGUUUAUUCACUUCAGCACUGAGCCGUAUGUGUUCAGAUCCUCUGCAGUUUUGAAAGUUUUCUGUAUUUAAUUACUGCGGUAAAACACCAGUUGAGCUUCUUCCCGUGUUUGAGCUGUAGUGGACAAGCUGCCAUUUACACAAAGUAGUUAGGUAGCAAGUUAGUUAGUUGAUUGAUUCAUGAUUCUGUAAGAUUUGGUGGUUAGAUGGAGCCGUCCGCCAAAGGUUGAAAGGCCGGUGACCUGUGGUCAUUGCUAAGGAAACUCUCAUCUGACGUGGAACUAUUGUGUCUGCGCUCUCACGGGAGGAAAUAGUUCCCGAGCGCUGCCUGUUUCCAGGGGAAUGUUUUAUAGGGGGCGGAUCCAUGAAGGGUCAGAGGUCAUAUCAGUCUGUUAAUGAGAAGAAUGAGGAGCUGUAAAGAGUCGACGAUUAAAUGUGCCACACGGACAAAACUGUGAAAGCGUUUGUGACGUAGACACCUGGUUAACGUUUCUUAGAUAUCAUCUGUCUGUCUCACACUUGCUGGCCCUGUGGGUAUCAGAGAAAUGCAAAUGAAGACAGUGUAGUAUGGAUGCAGUAAUGAGACACGACGUCCAUUUGAGUGACCGAGGGUUGGCCGUCUCUCCGGGCAACAUUCUGCUAUGUGUGACAUCACAGUGAUGUGCUUUAUAACGGCCGCUGUGGCACCUGCCCCGGCAGAGACCAGUCCUGAAGUCAUACGGGACAGAACCGAACCGCAACGUCACGACGACGUCUUUCAAACCGUUGGACGAUAUUUAUUUUCUGAUUUGAGGUGAUUUUGAUAAUAUUUUAGUUUCUCUCAAACAAGGAUGGCCUUUUCAUCUCCUUUAAACUUCAGCUCCUCUCUUCAUCUUGCUCUCCUCUUGUUCCUCAUUAUCACUGUGGUGACGCAGGUGGAGGGUCGGCCAUCACGACAGCGAUCGGAUGCUCAGGUGUUGCAGGAUUUGUUUGGGGCGAAGAUCAGCUCGCUUGUAUUUGCACCCUUAGAGGUCAGCGAGGGCUCAGGAAACAUAGCCCCUCCUCUUUUAAAGAAUGGGGCGGAGUCUCCCCACACGCCUUCACGUGCAUUCCUGGAUUAUCUGCGGCGUCAGAGGAAGAUGCGCGGGCGCAGCAGGAAGGGUGUGGCUCGUGGCUGUUUCGGGAUGAAAGUGGACCGAAUCGGAGUGAUCAGUGGUCUGGGCUGUUGACACGUACAGGUGAGCACAGUGAUGAUGAUGAUGAGACCUUCAUCUGCUCAGAGGAGGACGUACAGAUGUUUCUGCUCUACAGCCGGAAACACAAACAUAUUGGUGUUGGAUCGCUAGGAUUAUUUUCAGUCCAAAUAGGCAACAGCAACAUGCAAACUCUACACAGUCCAGAGACUGAUCUGUAAUCUGUGUCUUUUUGACAUUCUGAGGUUUUUCUCAGUGUGUGUGUGUGUGUGUGUGUGUGUUUGAAAACUCCUGGUUCAUUGUCCAGUCAGUCUUAUUUACAAUGUUUGACUUGACAGAACUUCUGUCCAGACAUUUUACGAUUGGGAGCCUGUUUCUCAAUGUCAAUUUGUUGUUUGUUUUCUUGUCCAUAAAUGUUUUUUAACAUGUCAA